UAUACGAGAGUAGGAUCUGUGCUAUACAUUCUAUGUACACAAUAUCCUAUAGGAAGAGCUCUUUGGCGUUUUGCGUCAUUCGUACAGAGAGAAGACCAUCUUGAGUUGGAUAUUCAUCUGGAGCUCUUCGAAGAGAUGCAGCGUUCAAGACCUCUUGGUAACUCUACGGAUAGGCAAUGGGAAGCAGAAAGGCGAGGAGCUAAGAGAGCAGAAGCCAGACUCAACAAUGGCAUUCAAGAAAUCGAAGGCGCUCAGCAAUACCAUAUGAACAGCAUGACCAAGGAACAAAAACGAUUACAGAAAGAUCUCGCCAGAAUCAAGCAAGCAACUGUUAAGAAAACUUCAAGCAACAGCGCAACAAACAUGGGGAAGAGAGGUCAGUUGGCAGCCACUUCUGCAGGACCAGUCAUGGCAUCGGGCUCAUCUAUGACUCUUCAGAUGCGUAUCAAUGACUUCAUGGAUGGUGUCAAAAAGGGGAAAGCCGAAACGGAAUCAUCACCUUCUGGACCCAACAUAACUGAAAUUAAAACGUCUUCAUCUAGGAGGUCCAGCAUUGUUUCAGUGACUGGGGACCUGCCAGGAAAACCAUCCGGCCUUCUGUCUAAUACAAAUGAUAAGCCAAUUGGCUCGGCAAAUGCACCAUUUCCAAGGCAAAGACGAGGUUCUCUUUUCAAGGAUAAGCCAGCUUUUGAUGAAGAAAUCUAUGCCCCUGAUGGGGGUCUCCGCACCUUACAUACUAUGCCUGACUUUAUGGAUUCCUUUGAGGAAGCCAAAAAUGCCAGAUAUAUUCGACACAGAGUGAAGCCAGAAUCUGAAAUGGAACUGAGUGUUGAUGAAAUAUUUGAAAAGGAGGAUAGCGGCGGCUUCACCGAAGAUGAAACGAUGGACAGCGCUAUGAAAACAAUAUGAAACGUCUCUUUUACCAGAUGACAUAGACCAGAACCUUUUUAUCAUGAUCAAUGCUUUGACAAUAUGAGCCGUGACUUCAGAAUAAAUGUAUCUCUGUACAAGUUGUCUUUUAUAUCGUGAGUUAAAACAGGCAGGGCCAUCUAUCAUUUCACCCCAUUGUCAUGUGUGUUUGAUGUUGUACAUUUGUGUCUUUUGUCAUUAUGUUUACUGCUUCCUGUGAUUGGAUAACUGCAGAAUAUGUUGGCGCUAUAUAAAUAAAGGUCAUUUUUUUUAAGUUGCAAUACUUUUAU